GCGCCUAUCAUCGCACAUUUUCUAAGAGCCAUGAAAGUGCAUUGCAGAAUAUUGAUCCUUGCCUCAACAAUCUUUGUGGGCGUUUGUGAUAAUGAUGAAUUUUCAGAUAAUGAUGAAUUCAGUGAUGAAUUUUCAGACGACUCAUAUUGGCCGAAGGUUUGCAAAAUGGCGCAUCGCCACCACAUGGGAAUAACCGUCAUAGCCGAUAAGGCUUUUAGAAAUGCACAAGAUCAAACUGGUUACGAUCAGCGUUUGUACUUGGAAACGUUUGUAGACACGGUAAACCUAUAUUUCACGGAACUCAGGUGCUCCAACGUCAAGCUCGUCUUAAUAGGAGUUGUAAAUUCGACUGCUAAAGACGAAUCCAUAUUCGAGAUAUUCAAAAACACAACAAAGAGCAGCGGAAAGUCUCUCGACCCACAUCUCACGCUUGGACUCUUCAGGGAAUGGGCAAAUAAUCAAAGUUUCUUUAACCAUAGCGAUGUGGUUUAUUUGAUAACAGGUCACCAAGUUUUCGACUUUCUCUUGGCCUACCGACUGGAGAUGAAAGCCGCAUCCUACGCCUUCGGGGUGUGUUCGAGGCGGAGGGUGGCACUCAGCUCGGAUGACGGCAAGUCAUUUUCGGGCGUUCCCGCUGCAGUUCAACAAAUCGCUAACUUGUUGGGAAUUGAUUGGGACGAUAAUAGGAAAAAAGACGGGUGUACUCCUCUGGAUGGUCAUGUGAUGAGCAGAAAUGGUGAACCCACCCAGCAUCCAACCUUCUCAGAAUGCAGCAAAGAUUCGUGGGAUCAGCAGAUUGAGAUGUCUCUUCGCGGAUCGCCAUGCUACAAGUUAAACAUGUCGUCAUCCACUUCAGAGCGCAGAACUCCGUAUACAUUUUUUAACUGCACGGAGCCAUGCAAGAAUAUUACCAAAGAAAGUCAGAGCAAUGUGCUCAAUGCGCAAUCAGCAGCGAGAGAAAAUUCGAAGACCCUGGAUGUAUGUAAAAUUAAUUGUUGCCCGCAAUAUAACAAGCAGUUUCUUGGAACCAACAAAGGAGCGCCGGAUGGAAUGCCGUGUGGACCGCUUCAGGUAUGCCUUCAGCAAGUGUGUCUCAAACUGCCGGAACAAAAGAGCGAAGUUAGCACAGUUCCAACGGGUGGUGACAGGUGA